UGUCCAAGAACCCACCGCCUCAUUUUAUUUUUCCUCAACCCUCCAUCGACCAAAUGUAUGCUUCCUUCUCCAGCUUCUCUUUGGAUUCAAUUACUGCCGCCUAAUGUACCCCUUCACCUGCUUCACCAGUAGCGAUUCUUCAUUUAUCGUCCUUCUGCUCGAAACCACCGUUUUUUCCACAGGUUUUCGCCGUUCCUUUCUUUCGCUCUUCUGCAAAUCCACCGCCUCCAUAAAUGGACUUCUGCCUUCCAGUUCCUUCCACGGUCUGAUGCUCUUCCAAGCGACGGCUUUCCCCACCCGACCUCCACCUCCACCUGGUAAGAUCUUCCCAACAUCACCACCGUUAUCGAUCAACAGAGGAAUGUUGUACCACGAGGUACAAGAGUCGAAACUGUGUGCCAUCCAUUAUGUCAACACGGUGUUGCAGGGACCUUUCUUCUCUAAGUUCGAUUUGGCUGCUCUGGCCUCUGAUCUUGAUCGGACGGAGCACCAGAUGAUGUUGGAAGGCUCCGCCCACCACCCACUGACAUCUCGACGCAGUCGAGCCCUAGAUAGCACCCACGUCUACAAUCGGUUCAGAUGA